GUAUUUUCAGAUUCCGUGAGUCUCUAUCAAUGGUUUACAAGUAAAGCACUGCCUGCAUCUAAAUUAAUCAAAAACACCCAAAAUAAAAACUGAACUAUUUACUCACGUAUUAGCUAAUGAAUAUUAAGUUAUUCAAUAUGGGGGCGCCCACGAAAGACGGCAUGAAACGUGAUUUGGAAGAAGUGAUCGCGUAUGACAAGGCAAGCGGUGGCUUUUGUGCAGAGUUAAAGGCAAAGCAGGUCAACGCUCUUCGUACAGCAUACAAGCAACAAGAUGUCAUUGCAAUCUAAUCGACUGAAUAUGAAAAGAAAAGUAAAAGACAGUCAACAAGACAGAGAUGCAAGAUAGAGAAAAAGGUGCGAGAGCACAACAGGAAAGUAAAGAAAGAGGAUAAAAAGAAAGGACGUAAAAGAAAGUCAAAAGACCCUGGUGUUCCAAACAGUUUACCAUUUAAGGAAUCUAUUCUGAAGGAAGCUGAGGAUAGAAAGAAACGAAUUCAGGAAGAACAAGAACGAGCAAAAGCAAGACGAAAAAAACAGAGAGAGAAGAUAAUGGACAAAAAGAGGAACUUGGCAAGCCUGACACAAGAUGCACAGAGGCGUGGCGCAGCUUUUGAUAGGAAGACAUCUAUGAAGAAAGAUGCCGGAUCACAACAUAUUGAUGGAAAAGCUGUAGAAGGGUCUCUCAAAGCAUUUUAUAAGGAAUUUAAAAAGGUUGUUGACUCGGGUGAUGUCAUUCUGGAAGUUCUGGAUGCCAGGGACCCUCAGGGAAGCAGAUGCCAGGAAGUAGAAGAAGCAGUGUUCAAUGCUGGCACUAAUAAAAAACUGGUUCUUGUACUCAAUAAAAUAGAUUUGGUUCCAAGAGAGAAUGUUGAGGCUUGGUUGAAGUAUUUGCGAAAUGAGUGCCCAACUGUAGCCUUUAAGGCUUGUACCCAGACACAGAAUGAAAACUUGUCUCGCACUAAGGUGCCCCUGGAUCUUGCCAGUGACGACCUGAGAAAGUCCAGCAGAUGUCUUGGGGCAGACAUGUUGAUGAAGCUGCUGGGCAAUUACUGCAGAAAUGCUGACAUUAAAACCACAAUACGUGUUGGUGUUGUAGGUUUUCCAAACACUGGGAAGAGUAGCAUCAUUAACAGUUUGAAGAGAUCAAAGGCUUGUAAUGUUGGAAGUACACCUGGUGUGACAAGGUUGAUGCAGGAGGUGCAGCUUGACAAACACAUAAAGCUGUUGGACAGUCCUGGCAUUGUCAUGGCAACAGGAACAUCAGAUACAUCAGUUAUCCUCCGAAACUGUGUUAGGCUAGAGGGCCUUCCUGAUCCAAUCUCACCUGUUGAUGCCAUUCUGAAAAGGUGCGACAAGAAGCAGAUGAUGCUUCAUUACAACUUGGCUGACUACAAAGAUGUGAAUGAAUUCUUAUCACUACUUGCCACUCGUUUGGGAAAACUGAAGAAAGGAGGGUUACCUGAUGUGGACAAAGCUGCCAGAGUUGUUUUACAGGACUGGACCAAUGGGAAGAUAACAUAUUUCACGCAUCCCCCAGAGCAGCACACAUUACCUACCCACGUCAGUGCAGAGUUUGUACAACAAAUGGCAACAGCUUUUGACAUCUCUACAAUAACAGAUCAGGAGAAGGAUAUGCUCCAAGGGCUAGAAAUGAAGAACACUCAACAAAUGGUAGUGAAUUCCUUUGGACCCAUGAAAGGUGUGGUUAGUGAAGAGGAAAUUGUCGAGGAUGCUGCCAUGUCAGAUGAGGAGAAGCCACCCACAGAAGAGGAAGAGGACGAAGGCAUGGAGCACUCUGAGGAUGACUGGGAGGAUGAAGAGGAGUUGAAAGAUGUGACAGUAUCAUUGCCAGGUAGUGGGGCAACUACAAGAUCCACACAAAGUCUUGUUGGAACAGGAAAACCUGGAAAAAAAUCUUCCAGAAUGGCAGUAAAUGAGCAGCUCAACAAGAGCAGGAAAAAAGAUUACAAGAAAAUGAAGAAGAAGCGGAAAAAAGCAGAUAUGUUAGCUGGAAAACUCUCUGAUGCAUUGACAGAGGCAAUGAGUUUUGGAGCUGAUGAUAAAUAUGACUUUACUGCGAUGUGACAUUUCCUGUGAUGAAAGACGAUAAGCUGUGUGCUGGUUACAUGGAAUGAGAACCACACCUGCACAUGAGGUCCGUCACCCAACUCUUUAACACAGUGAAUCUGAUGAGACUGAGUGACUGUGGAUUACGAAAUAAAAUUACCUGUGAAU